CAGUGCUCGCUACAUGUGCCUUAAAGUUCGAGAAAAGCCAAAAAGUUUUGUAAAGAAAACUGUGAACGAUGGCUGAACACAUCGAAUCUAAUUUGUUGCAAAUUUUGUCGUUGACCAUUGAAGAUUGUCUGGGUUGCGAGAAGGAGUAUUUAAAAUUUUCCCAGGUGGACAAUGUGCAUCUAUUGCUAUACAAUCUGGACAAGCCAAACGGAACAAUGCCAUCAUCGCCACUCAUAGUUACGCCCGUUGGCCAUGCGCUUCAGCUGAUGUGUGGCAUGGAGUAUGCCAACGCUGAGAGCUUGCGUCGCCUGCCACAGCUGGAAAUUGGCAAGGGUAGCGUCGGGAUGACUUUCAAGCUGGAACGCUUGGGCGGCAUUAGUGUUCAGUAUGAUCCUGACCCAGACAGCGACUUGGACAUGGAGCCAAGCACUUCGAAGCAGGCCAGAGAGCGCCAAGACCGUCGCAAUCAGCAAAAACAGCAAAUGCGCGCACGUCGCCAAAUGAUUUACGAGGUAAACGUGCACCGUCGCUUUGAUGAUGUGCAUCGCCUGGAUUCCAUUAAGUUUCAGAUCAACUUGGGUGAUUGGCGUGAGGUGUCCGUCGCCGAGUUCCAUAACAUAUUCUUUGUACAGCCGCCGCACACAUCUGACCUGGUGCGCAGUGUGCAUCAGGAUUGUGCAAUUAACUGGCUGAAAAUCAUCCAGGCUGAUGCAAGCAGCUACAGCAACUUCAGAGAUGGCAAUCCGUUUGAUACCUUUGCCAAGCUUCUGGAGCGUCCGGACGAUGACCAGCAGAAGCUUUUGAAAAGGCUGGCGAACAACUUUCUGGUGGCCAAUGAAACAACUCGUCUCACCGAGCGCCGCUUUUUGCUGCACAUUUUUGACCAAGUGCGUUGCAUUUUCGAGUACAUCACCAUUAAUGAGUACACCGUGUGGUUCUUUGUGCCACGCCUCAAUCGCUAUACAGCUUUGGAUCAGGUGAGUGUUGAUGACUUUGAUUUUCGCAAUGUGCGCACCAGCAUCAAGUUAACUCGCGAUGAAACCGACUGUUUUUGGCAUCGCGCUGAUCAUAACAUAAUGGACAUACUGCUGGUGGCCUUUCAAAUGGCACUGGCACAUAUUGCCCGGCAGUCGGUGCUGUUUCUGGGACAACUCGAGAAGCUUAGCGAGUUCGUUUGCUUGCAAUACGCGACGGCCUCUUUUAUGAACAGCAUACAUUCUAAAGAUGCGUCCAAUUCGACUAAAUGGUUUUACUUGCGCUAUUUGCAUCGCAUCAUUGAGCUGUCCGAGACACUGGGUCUGGUUGUCUUCAUUGAAUAUCCGGGCGCUAUGACGCUGCUGCCAGAGAAUCGUCAGGUUAUCAAAUGUGUGCAGAGGCGCGAUGUGAAAACUGGCGUCAUCUCUUGGCAGGUGGGUGAGGAUGUUACCAAAAUAGCUGGCAGCGGUAUCCAGCGUCUCAAAGAGGCCAUCGAUUUGAAGUGAGUGCAUGAUUUGGUAUAAUAUUGUUAAAUGCAAGUUUGCUCUUCGAAUAUGUUUGCAAUUGCUAUUUUUUUUUGUUGUUUUCUAAUAGAAAGCAUAUGCAUAUAUUAAUAUAUAUUUUUUAU